GUUGUUUCCACAGUCUCUUUGUUUAAACAAGCCUUCCCUGAAAAAAAAAGAGAGAAGAAGUCUUGGGAAUAUCAAUUACACAUACCCCUACAGUUAAUCAAUCCAUUAACACUCAAUUGAUUCCAACUUCAACUAUUUCAAGAAGCGUUUCUGUAUUAUAAGGUUGCUUUUUUCUUGAGUUAUGGCUAAGAGUACUACAAAGACAGCCAAACCGAAAGCUGCUGUCACUGGAGCCGCCGCUGCAGCUGCAGCUGCAGCUGCCAAGGUAAGCAAACAUCAAAGCAAGCAAGACACUGUUUGUUCGGUGGAUCCCAUUGCUGAUCCCGUGUUCGCCAAGGGUGAAGUAAGGGAAUAUUUAGUAACUGAACCAUCUCCGGCUGUACUUAAAAAGCGACAACUACUUGGAGCUAAAGAAUACUGGAUGCUUUCUUCCUUGCUAGUCAUCUCCCUCUAUGUGAGAUUAUAUGAUUUAGCCAAUCCUAAUUCCGUGGUGUUUGACGAAGUUCAUUUUGGUGGAUUUUCCAGAAAAUACAUUUUGGGUCAAUUUUUCAUGGAUGUUCAUCCUCCUUUAGCCAAGAUGCUUUUUGCGGCUGUUGGUGCUAUUGGUGGCUAUAAAGGUGAUUUUGAAUUUAAAAACAUUGGUGAUGUUUACCCAAGCUCAACUCCAUACGUUUUCAUGAGACAAUUCCCAGCAUUGUUAGGUGUGGGUACCAUAAUCUUUUGCUAUUUGACUUUGAGACAAUCUGGGGUGAGACCAAUUAUUGCUUAUAUUACUUCAUUUCUUUUGUUGAUCGAAAACUCCAAUGUUACAAUCUCAAGAUACAUUUUAUUGGACUCCCCAUUGUUGUUCUUUAUCGCUGCUGCUAUCUAUUCCUGGAAGAAAUUUGAAAUCCAAAUCCCAUUCUCGUUCGGAUGGUAUCGUGGGUUAGUUGCUACUGGGAUUGCUCUUGGUUUAGCAUUCAGUUCUAAAUGGGUUGGUUUAUUCACCAUCGCCUGGGUGGGUCUCUUGUGUAUCUACCAAAUGUGGUUUAUUGUUGGUGAUUUAUCAAUUUCUCCAAAGAAGGCAUGGGGUCAUUUCUUUGCUCGUGGUACUAUUUUGUUGGGAGUUCCAAUCGCUCUUUACUUGUUCUUUUUCGCUGUUCAUUUCUCAGUGUUGACUAACACGGGUGAUGGUGCUUCAUUCAUGAGCAGUGCAUUUAAAGCAGGAUUGAAGGGAAACAAGAUUCCUCGCAAUGUUACCGCUAACGUUGGUUUAGGAUCUAUUGUCACUAUUCGUCAUGUUGAAACUAGUGGUGGAUAUUUGCAUUCUCAUGAUGCUUUCUACCCAACUGGUUCCAAACAACAACAAGUUACCUUGUACCCACACUUGGAUUCAAAUAACAAAUGGUUUAUUGAACCAUACAAUGGUACUAUUUACAAUGAAACUUUUGUUCCAUUAGUUGACGGUAUGAAAAUUAGAUUGAGACAUAUUAACACUCACAGAAGAUUACAUUCUCACGAUGAAAAACCACCUGUUAGUGAACGUGAUUGGCAAAAGGAAGUUUCCUGUUAUGGAUAUAAGGGAUUUGAAGGUGAUCCAAAUGAUGAUUUUAUUGUUCAAAUUGUUGACUACCGUUCUGCUAAGGGAGAAGCUCAAGAAAAGGUCAGAGCCAUUGAAACUGUAUUUAGAUUAAAGCAUGCCAUGACUGGAAACUACUUAUUCUCAAGUGAAGUCAAAUUACCAGAAUGGGGUUUUGGUCAACAAGAAGUUUCUACUGCUUCCCUGGGUAAGCGUAAGCUCACUCACUGGUAUAUUGAAGAAAAUGAAAACCAAUGGUUGGAUUCACAAGAUGCUGACAUUAUUAAUUAUCCUGAAUUGACUUUCUGGCAAAAGGUUGUUGAAUCUCACGCCAGGAUGUGGAAGAUCAACCAAGGUUUAACUGAACAUCACCACUGGCAAUCAAACCCAUACGAAUGGCCAUUAUUGUUAAGAGGUAUCAAUUACUGGGCUCGUGACCAUAAGCAAAUCUACUUUUUGGGUAACGCUGUUACUUGGUGGGCUGCUAGUGCAUCCAUCGUCACUUUUGGUAUUUACGUUGUUAUUUCCGUAUUUAGAUGGCAAUUGGGUCAACCAGUCUCUAAGGAUAAGCACGUAUUUAACUUUAAUGUCCAAACUUUUUCAUAUGUGUUGGGUUGGGCUUUACAUUACUUGCCAUUUUUCAUCAUGGGUAGACAAUUAUUCUUACAUCAUUACAUUCCAGCCCUUUAUUUCGGUAUCUUGGCCUUAGGUCACUUUUUGGAAAUCUUUACCGGUUAUUUGACUUCAAGAUCCAAGACGCUCCAAAACAUUGCCCUUGUAUUGGUUGGAUUGUUUGCUUUAUUCAGUCUUGCUUUCUACUUCAACUAUUCUAGUUUGAUUUACGGUACUCCAUGGACUAAAGAUGCUUGUGUCAAGUCCCAAAUUAUCGGUUCAUGGGAUUAUGACUGUAACAACUUCUAUAACAAAUUAUCUGAAUAUGAUGCAUCUCAACCUGACACCGUUGCAUCAGUUACAGUUUCAGAAGCCCCAGCCGUGCAAGCUGAAAAUACCCCAAGUACUACUCCAGCUGCCAAUGAAGAAAAACCUGAACAUGAUCCACUUAAGGACACAACCACCACCAAGAAGAAGAAGAGUGCUAAGAAAGACAAGAAGAAGUCCUCUAAGAAACCUGCUGAUGCAAGAGGUCCAAAUGUCAUUGCUAAACCUGGAGAACCAGAAAAGAAGAUUUCCGGUCCAGUUAUUGAUUUCGUUCCUAAAGGUGAAGAUUUAGAGCGUCUCAAGAGAGGUGAAAAGGUUGAUAUUAAACCAGUAGUUAAAAAAUACAAUGAUGAUGGUGAAGAAAUUGAAGAAGAAUCUCCAGAAAUUGUAGGUGAACCUGAACAAUUAGCACCUCCUGCUGCAGUUGAUCCAGAAACUCCGCCUGAAGUUAAGUCCCCAGCUGAAGAAGUUGAAAGCUCUACACAAAAUGAAGAGUCAUCCCGUGAAGUCAAGCCAAAGAAGGCCAAGAGAGAAGAGAAUAAACGUCCGCCUGUCAUUGAUUUUGUCCCAAGAGGAGAAGCUUUAGAACGUCUUAAGCGUGGUGAAAAGAUUGACAAAUAUGAACCUGUUAUUAGAGAAUUUGACGAAUUGAAAGAUGGUGCUCAAGCUGGAGAUAUUGAUCUUGAAAGAGGAAUUCGUAAACCUAAGGAAGAAGUAAAGACCACCACGGCCAGUUCUUCUAAAAGUAAUGCUAAAAAACCUAAAGAAUCAGCCCGUGCUGUUGAAGCCAAAAAGGAUAAACCUAAGCGUCCACCUGUAAUUGAUUUCGUACCAAGAGGUGAAGCCUUGGAACGUCUUAAGCGUGGUGAAAAAAUUGAAAGUUACAAGCCAGUCGUUAGAGAAUUCGAUGAAGAAAGAGAUGGCCCUAAAGAAGGUGAUCCAAUAAUCCCAAAGAAAAACAGAAGGGACUUUGGAGCCUUUUAAGAUAAAUGCAAGGUGAAAGCAUUGAACACUUCAAGUUGGAGAUGCUGGUCAAGAUAAAUAGGUCAUUGCAUUGAGAUUAUUUUCAGUAAAUGACAAUUGACUAAAUUUUUUUUUAAAUAAAUUCUACGUUGGAGAAAUAUUGUUUGAUGCAAUAUGUUAUUUCCUUUGUAUAACCUUGAAUAUAACUUUUAUUGUUUUACUUUUAUUAAACAGAUAAGAAAAGAUUCGUGUAAAUAUAUUUAUAUGUGGUAAAGAACUAUGUAAAUGCUGAGUUUAAUUCUCGGGAGUAUCGACGUUCUCAAUAGCUCUUCCUCUAACAUAUUUUUCCUUCUUAACUUGAUCAUUAAGGGUAGAAUACAAGCCGAGACCGCCGUGAAUAAGCUUAAUUGCAACAAACAUCACAAAUAAGACGGGCCAGAUAUAAACAUCCAAUUGGUCAGAGCUUCUUCUGUAAUAAUGCAGGAAGAAAAUAGUGAGAAGGGCAGGUAAGUGAACCAUAGUGUAGUUUAUUAAACAUGGAACAAUUCCACUCGUCCAUAGUGCUUGGUACAUCGUGAUUUGUUGCGGAAUUGGUCUCAAGUAAAACAAGAAAGGUAAUAUAGUCCAGAACGAAACUAUGAAAUGAAGAAACACGGUAGGUGGGUCAAAUAAUAAAUCUUGGUUAUAUCUUCCAGUGGUAUAACGAACAGGGUUGAUCACCACUGCACGAUGUACACUAAUAAUCCAGUUGAUCCAUAGCACGGCACUAGGAGUACUCAAUACUAGUGCUUUAGGCAUUCUAUUAAAAAGGCGUCCAAAAUCAAGGAGUCCUUGGAAAAGACGCUGUUGAGGUGGAAGUUCAUCAUUGGCUGGCUCUGCUGCUGCUACUCCAUCCACCUGUUCUCUGCCCAAUUGAAUUUCGUUGUUUCCUCCCUGAGGUGCAUCAGCCACUAAGGAUUUGUCAUAAAAUUUCAACAAUUUGAUUUGCAUAACAAGACCAAUAGCAAUAGAACCAAAAUCAGCAAGUCUCCAGUCUAAAUCGACAUCUUGGUAUAUAAAUGUCGGUGCCACGGCUUUAUACAAGUACAGGUUCGCACGAAGAAUUGGUCUACCCAUCAACACAGCAACCACUGCACAGGAUAAGAUCAAAAUCACAGCAAACACCCAAAGCAAAAAUAUCAACCCGAAACAUCUCAUUCUGAAGUUAGGUGGACGAUAAACUAUAGCAUAUGCAUUUUCACCAGUAAAAUCUCCUUCAUCUUCUUCAUCGGAAGGAGUCUCAUAUCCUGAUCUCUUUUUGUUUUCAUGUGGAACUUCCAACAAUUUGUCAUCUUUGGUAACUGCCACAAACAACUUCUUGAUGAACUUUCUAGACACGGUAUCAUUGUCAGGAGCUCUUACAUAAUUACCAUCCGGUACAAAGCAAGCAUUUACCGAAGGAUUUUCUUUGAAAGUUUCGACUGCUUCUCUGUAAGACACGGGCUUUGUGUAAUCAGGUUGAGCUUGACCAAGAAGUUGAUGCCAUAAGUUUCUGUAAACAACAUGUCCACGUUCAUGACUAAUUGGUUUGCCCAAAAUAAAAUGGGAUAAUCUUAAUUUAUGAGCGGAAAGUUCAAAGGCUCUAUGCCAGUACCUUCUAACAUACUUUGUAAUCAACACAUGUGAAUCGGCUACGGUAUUAAAUAAGAAUCCCGAAAUUAAAACCGUGAAAUAGGAUGGUAGUUGGAUAGGUAAGAACACAUUAUAAUCAACAUUACUUGAAGAAGUAACCAAAUAUCUUAAUCCCCAAGUCACGCCCCCAAUUCCAAACAAUAUGAAACCAGUGUAGACUUUGGCACUGAGAUAGAUUCUUGAUAGCUGUAAAGCUAAAGGUUUCAUCAAGGCAUCAUGGAUCAACCUGGCAUUUGGAUCGUCGGGGGAUCUAAUGAAGAACAAUACACCCGGACGCAAGAUACUACUUCUGACCAUGCCCACAAAUAAUGCAAAGAACAACAUGUAAAGGGUACCACUUGCCCAAUACAAGAAUAUUCUAAGAUAUGUCACUUGUAAAAUUUCGAAAAACGAUGUAAUAAGGACAAUAUAUUGUGAUCCUGACUUUGUAGUAAUUGAGAAAGUAGGCAAUAAAAGAGGAGCAAAACAGAAAUCUAAUAACCACCCACAGUAUACUGGGAAGAAGAAGAUUUCAAUGGCAAAUAUGAGGAACACUUUAGCGGUUGAACUGACUUCAAAUAAAACCUUGUAUACCUUUCUAGUAGUUCCAAUGACUGGCCCCGGAGCAGUAAGUAAAACUUGCAUACAUUUGUAAAUAGUUGCACAAAUCACAGCAUACCCAAUACUCAAUAAAACAAUUCUUUCCACUAAGGAAUACUGAAUAUACCCAUUCAAACCACUGUUGAAUGAAAAUAUGUUUCCUAAAGUUGAAAUGGCUGGUUUAAUAACAUAAUCAUUCAAGGUAAAUAUGGCAAAUUCAAAAACAUCAUGAUCAGCCCGU